AUGCCAGUGUCCAAAGUACAACUCUCUCAAGGAGGAGAGAUGAUGAUCAUUGGAGCCACACCCAACCCCAUCCCUCCUACGGUCUCUACAACCAAGAUGAAGAGGCGAGGAAAGGUUAAGAACUGGUCAAGACGAGAUUUGUUACUCAAACAAAAGGAGAUUAUGGACAAGGUUUUACGUGUAGAUGCCAGAAUUGCCAAUUUGAGGAACAUAUUUGAUGGCAUGGAAGAACCUCAGAGGUACUUAAUCCUUAUGUGCUCCAUAAAAGGAAAACACAUCUACAAAAUUGCCUUCAAACAAUUUCAGCACAAGUGGGCCUCAAGAGAUUUUACCAAAAAAAAAUUCCUAUAA